GGGCAACGCAGCUCCCCUGCCAAUGUCCAACAUGGCCGCUACGGCUUCACCCAUCGUCCAAGUUGAUCACGUGAUGAGCUGUCAGCGUCCCUUCCCCUAUGUGACCCGGCGGAACCAGAUCAGCUGGUGUUUGCCGCCCGCCCGCUUUCUGCGGGCUGCCUGUUGCUGGGAUCCGGGAAGGGGCCCCCAGAUCCGCCGGUCCCGCAGCAUGGCGCAGCAACGCGGGGUGAACAGUCUGCGCUUCAACCAGGACCAGAGCUGCUUCUGCUGCGCGAUGGAGUCCGGGGUGCGAAUCUACAAUGUGGAGCCGCUCAUGGAGAAAGGGCACCUGGAUCACGAGCAGGUGGGCAGCGUGGCCCUGGUCGAGAUGCUGCAUCGAUCCAACCUCUUGGCCAUUGUGGGGGGAGGAGGGAACCCCAAAUUCUCAGAGAUCUCAGUGCUGAUUUGGGACGACGCCCGCGAGGGGAAGGGUGGCAAAGACAAGCUGGUUCUGGAAUUCACCUUCACCAAACCCGCCCUGGCCGUGCGCAUGAGACACGACAAGAUCAUCAUUGUUCUGAGGAACCGUAUUUACGUUUAUUCCUUCCCGGAGAACCCCACCAAGCUCUUUGAGUUCGACACGCGGGACAACCCCAAAGGGCUCUGCGAUCUCUGCCCCAGUCUGGAGAAACAGCUGCUGGUGUUUCCUGGGCACAAAUGUGGCAGCCUGCAGCUGGUGGACCUGUCGAGCACCCAGCCGGGCACCUCGUCGGCACCGUUCACCAUCAAUGCCCACCAGGGCGAGAUCGCCUGCGUCUCCCUCAACCAGCCGGGCACCGUGGUGGCAUCGGCCUCCCGCCAGGGCACCCUGAUCCGUCUCUUCGACACCCAGAGCAAGGAGAAGCUGGUGGAGCUGCGCCGGGGCACGGACCCUGCCACGCUGUACUGCAUCAACUUCAGCCACGACUCGUCGUUUCUUUGCGCGUCGAGUGACAAGGGGACGGUUCACGUCUUCGCCCUGAAGGACACACGCCUCAACCGCCGCUCCGCGCUGGCGCGCGUGGGCAAGGUGGGCCCGGUGAUCGGCCAGUACGUGGACUCGCAGUGGAGCCUGGCCAGCUUCACGGUGCCGGCGGAGUCGGCCUGCGUCUGUGCCUUCGGCCGCAGCUCUGCCAAGACCGUCAACUCCGUCAUCGCGAUCUGCGUGGAUGGCACCUUCCACAAAUACGUCUUCACGCCCGACGGCAACUGCAACCGUGAGGCCUUCGACGUCUACCUGGACAUCUGCGACGACGACGACUUCUGAGUCCCCCGCGCCGGGCCGCGAGGCCGGAGCCGCAGAGGGGGCAGCUGCUCGUGGAACAUUCAGCUCCAGCUCUGAGACCCACCUCCCCUCCCGCUGAGAUGCGGCCACCUCUGGGGCGGGCUGGCUGGGCAUCACGCUGCGCUGGAAGGGCCCACCCAGCGCUGAGAUGCAGCUCAGUUUGCAACAGCCCGGGACUGAACCCAGACCCUCUGGUUUCUCACCCAGCUGCCUGGAGGGGAACAGCCUGGCUUUUACCUUCUACUGCUGCUCCCUUCUAGGGGCACGGACACACCCCAGCCUCAGUCCCCUUGGGAGACACUGUAACCCCCCCUAUUCACCGCUUGUAAUGGCUACGGUAUUUUGUACAAAGUAUGCCUUGUGAGGUAUCAUUUGAAAAGCCCCCAUCUGCUGAA